CUCUGUUGUGUGUUUGUGUGUUUUGUGUCACAGGAUGGGUACAGCUCUCAGAGUGUGUCCAAGCCCCUCCUCGCCCCCUCCCCCAUGUCCCCCAGCUCAGCUAGUCUGUCCUCCUAUCAUGGGGGGGAGGACGGCGAUAGCAUUAGUAGCCUCGCCUGGCCCGAGAUGUCAACGAGCCCCAAGCCGAGCCCGGCCACCAUGACCAACCAGAAGAUCACCGUCCUGUAUGAGAUGGGCUCUGAGCCCGAGAGGAGCGUGUGGGUGGACCGCUACCUGUCCUUCAUGGAGGAGCGGGGGACGCCGGUCCCACGGCUGCCCGCCGUCGGGAAGAAGCCUCUGGACCUGUGCAGACUGUACCUGUGUGUGAGGGAGAUCGGAGGCCUGGCCAUGGUGAGUAAGAAUAAAAAAUGGAGGGAGCUGUCGUCUCUGUUGAACGUGGGGACGUCCAGCAGCGCGGCGAGCUCUCUGAAGAAGCAGUACAUUCAAUACCUGUUCGCCUACGAGUGUAAGGUGGAGCGAGGGGAGGAGCCUCCACUUGAGGUCCCAGGGACCGCUAAGAAACCUGUGUCACUGCAAGCCAGGAUCCAGCCCCCGUCCCCAGCCAACUCGGGCUCCCUGCAGGGCCCCAACACGCCUCAGUCCAGCAGCAGCAGCUCCCUGACCGAGGCGCCCGGGGACCUGAAGCCUCCGACCCCCUGCUCCACCCCGCACAGCCACAUGGGCCCCCAGCCCGGGAACAGGAACAUGGGAGGAGUCAGCGUCCAGGACCCGUUCUCUGAAGGCAGCGACCCCGCCUUCCACAACAAGCGAAGUCCGGGACCCGGCGGCGGCAGCGGCCCCUACCAGCAGGGAGGAGGGCCAACAGAUCCCUCGAUGAGGAUGCAGCAGUACGACACCAACAAGGACCCGUACGGAGGAGCGAGGAAAGGUCCAGGGCUCGGUGACGCCUAUAGUCCCGGUCAGAUGGCCAGCGGGGCCAUGCAGGACAUGUACCCCCGGGGGCCGUCCUCAGGACCCCAGACAGCAAUGGGCCCCAGACCCCAAUACCCCUACGGCCCCGGCUACGAGCGAAGGUCGGACCACGUGAUGGGACCAGAGGGAGGCAUGGCGCCCCCCGGAGGUCAGAACAGCGUGGGUCCGUCUGGAAACGAGGCCGGCAUGUACCCCGCCAACAGAUACCCCCCUCAGAGACACGGACACGAUGGUUACGGGCAGCAGUAUCCUCCCAGCAUGGCCUACAGUUCCCAUCAGCCCCUGUACCCUCAGCAGCAGGGCUACAAGCGUCCGAUGGAGCCUCUGUAUCCUCCUGCAAAGCGUCAUGAAGGUGAAGCGUUUGGCGUGCAGUCGUUCGGCUCUCAGCAGUCGGACAUGUUCGGCCCCUACAGCGGUGGAGGCGGGGCUUACAUGGGCCCAGAGCGGCGACCAGUCCAAGGUCAGUACCCGUACCUGUACCCCAGGGACCGUCAGGGGCCCCCACAGCAAGGUCUUAUGGGCUCAGGACCAUCAGCGGUGCCUGGGGGGCCCAGCGAGGGGCAGCAGGCCAGCAUGUGGCCCCCCAGGACGGACAUGAACUACUCGUUCAGCCGGCAGGGGCCAGCCUACCCCGCCAUGAGCCGAGGGGACGACCAGGAGGGCAGGGCCCCCCAGGACAACCAGUGGCCUCCGAGUCAUCCAGGCCAGCGCCAACCAACAUAUCCCCCCCACUCCUCUACCUCCUCCCCCUCCAUGCUCCCCCUGACCUCCAGACAGCCCCUAUUGUCCUUCCAGGCCACGCCCACAGUCCAUAACCACUUGACCCGCCCUCACAGCCCCUCCUCCUUUCCCCGGCCAAUGGGGGGCUCCCUCUCUCCUAACGGCGCCCCCUAUCUCUCCUCCAUGAAAAAAACAGGUCACCCCGUUGUCCCCCCCGGCCCCCUGUCCACUCACCUUAUCCAACGAGAAGUCAGCUUCCCCCCGGGCUCUGUGGAGGCCACACCCCCCAAAAUGAAGAUGCGGCGGCGGCUAACUUCCAAAGACACGGGGACUCCGGAGGCGUGGCGGGUGAUGAUGUCACUGAAGUCGGGGCUGUUAGCAGAGAGCAGCUGGGCGCUGGACACCAUCAACAUCCUGCUUUACGACGACAGCACGGUGGGCUCGUUCAGCCUCCCUCAGCUGCCUGGCUUCCUGGAGCUCGUGGUCGAGUAUUACCGCCGCUGCCUCAUCCAGAUCUUUGGCAUCCUGGAGGAGUACGAGGUUGGGACCCUGCUGGGAUCCCAGCCCGCCCCCCUUCAGAAGGAAGGGGGCGGGAGUCAGGAGUCUGACAGCCAAUCAGAGGAGCCGAGGAGGUCAGAGGAGGAGGAGCUGACGCCUGCUUCAGACGCAGAGGAGGAGGUGAAGGAGGAGAACCCUGUGGUCAAAGAGGAGCUGGAGGUGAAGGAGGAGAAAGAGGAGGAGCCCCGCCCCCCGCAGGCCAGCAAGUACGACAGGCGGCCAAUCAGGGUGGAGGAGACGGGGGAGGAGUGGGAGGAGGCGGAGGAGCGCUGGGCGCAGCUUGGACGACCCAACGGCUUCAUCAGCGGCCUCCUGCACUGGAAGGCGGGAGGAGGAGACUCAACCGCUCACAUCCUGACAGGUGCAGAGGGGGAGGGGCAGAAGGAGGCGGAGCCAGCUGGGGAGGAGAUGCCGUCUGGAACAGAAGAAGGUUCCCCAUCAGAGGUCAAAGUUCAGAGUCCCAUCAGUCACCUGGAGGACGAGCCGCGCUGCUGGGACGAGGCACCGCUGUCCACCGCCGAGUCAUGGCAGGACGCUCUGUCCAAACGCUGCGUCUGCAUCUCCAACGUUGUGCGGGGCCUCUCCUUCGUCCCCGGGAACGACGCUGAAUUAUCUCGUCACCCCGGCCUGGUGUUGAUCCUGGGCCGGCUGCUGCUGCUGCACCACCGCCACCCCCGCAGGAGACGCACGCCGCCCGGCUACCAGCGGGAGGAGGGGCGGGGGCGGGCCUGCAGCCGAGACGAGUGGUGGUGGGACUGCUUGGCGUCGCUGCGGGAGAACGCGCUGGUGACGCUGGCGAACAUGGCGGGCCAGCUGGACCUGUCCGUGUUCCCCGAGGGCGUCAUCCUGCCUGUGCUGGACGGCGUGCUGCACUGGAUGGUCUGCCCGUCCGCUGAGGCUCAGGACCCGUUCUGCUCGGCGGGGGGCGUGUCCUCGCUCUCGCCACAGAGGCUGGUCCUCGAGUGUCUGUGCAAGCUGAGCAUCCAGGACUGUAACGUGGACCUGCUGCUCGCCACGCCCCCGUUCAGCCGCCACGACAAGCUGUACGCCACGCUGGUGCGUCUCAUAGGCGAGAGGAAGAGCCAGGUGAGUCGUGAGAUGGCGGUGGCCGUCCUUUCCAAUCUAGCACAGGGAGACCCGAUGGCGGCGCGAGCGGUCGCCCUGCAGAAAGGAAGUGUGGGAACGCUGAUCGGCUUUCUGGAGGACAGCGUGGCCGCCGCUCAGAAGCAGCAGGGCGCCCACACCGUGCUGCACACCGCCACACGGCCCGAGCCGCCCAGCGUCAACAUGAUGUGCCGCGCCGCCAAAGCGUUGCUCGCCAUGGCCAGAGUGGAGGAGAACAGGGCGGAGUUUGUUCUGCACGAGAGCCGGCUGCUCGACAUCUCACUGUCACCGGCGCUGCACUCGUCUGUGGCGGCCGUCAUGUGUGAAGUACUGUUUAAAAUCUCCCGCUCGUGACACACACACCACCACGGAGCGCUCUGAAGAAGCUCCGCCCACGUGACCAAGUGUCUCCUAUUCUAUUUUUAUUUAAGAACUAAUUUUAAAUACAAAAGAAUAUAUAAAGAGUUUAUCUGCGUCCUCCAUCA